CCAUCUCCCAACCUCGCACCACCACACACACAGCCGCAGCCAUGGGCAACGGAAACAAGGCCAACAUGAAGCGCGAGCGCAACGCCAAGAACGCCGCCGCCAGCGAGCCCAAGAGCCAGCUCAAGGCGAACCAGGCCGCGCUCAGCGUCAAGUGCGCCGUGUGCAUGCAGACGUUCAUGUCGACGGUCCGCACCGCCGCAUUGCAGGAGCACAUCGACGCCAAGCACCCCAAGAAGGACGUGGCGACGUGCUUCCCCGGCUUCACCGGCCCAUGAAGCAGUGUGCAGGCCGCCUGCGCCCGUUUCCUCCUCGUCACUCGAAUGCCCCUUCCCUUGUACUAUGGCUCUUUCUGGCACUCCCUUCACCCUUAGACAUGCACGGCUUCUCUGUCGCGCCUUCUCAUGCAUCACGUUUCUUGAAGACCAGAUGACAUUGGAGAC